GAAUGGAGAUCCCUGUGCCUGUACAGCCUUCUUGGCUGCGCCGCGCUUCAGCUCCUUUACCUGGUUUUUCCGCUCCGGGACGCCUCUUUGACCAGCGUUUCGGGGAGGGGCUGCUUGAGUCCGAGCUGGCUUCGCUGUGCCCUGCUGCGAUUGCCCCCUACUAUCUGCGCGCCCCCAGUGUGGCACUGCCCACAGCACAGGUGGCCAAGGACCCUGGGUAUUUUUCGGUGCUGCUGGAUGUGAAGCACUUCUCCCCAGAGGAAAUCUCUGUCAAGGUGGUUGGUGACCACGUGGAGGUUCACGCACGGCAUGAGGAGCGCCCGGAUGAACAUGGAUUCAUUGCUCGAGAGUUCCACCGCCGCUACCGCCUGCCUCCUGGAGUGGACCCUGCUGCCGUGACCUCGGCACUGUCUCCUGAGGGUGUCCUGUCCAUCCAGGCCACACCAGCAUCGACCCAGGCCCCACUUCCAUCACCACCUGCUGCCAAGUAGGGGUCCGGGCAUUAUAGGACCGAACCUAAGAAGCCUCUCUAGGCUCCCUUUUAAAAGCCGAUCUGACUCCGCUGCCCAGCCAAAUGUCCCAAUCGCUGUCAAGACAGUUCCUUCCCACCAAAUCUGGGCGUCUUCCCCUAGGACCUUUCCACCUAAAGCCCUACCUGGGCCUUAGUAACUGAGACACCCCACCCCCAAGCCUGCCCUGCCCAUCAGCUUUCAGGCCCCACCCAUAAUACCCCUCUAGGGACAACACAAACACUGUCACCCUCCUUGGCCUACACUCCCACCUGACUGACCCCACUUUGGGCUUAUACUAGCACUAGGCCUCCUACUGCACUUCUAAGUUAUAGAAUACCCACACUGUGAGACCAGAGUACAGAUAGUGCUCCCCCCACCCCAGGCCUGUCACCUAUGACCUACCAGGUCAUUCCCCACAAUGUCUGACCCAGACUGAAUGGGCCUUCCACAUCAGAACAUUCAAGUCUGGUCCACCAGACUCUAGAUCCUGUCCCUGCCACCUAACAGUCUGCCCCGGGCCAUUUUCUGACUUGAAACUCCAGAAGCCUACGUUCCCAAAUUCUGUUGACUUCCCAAUCCUUGGAAAUCUAUUCCCAACCAACCAAGAGUCCCAAACUCAGAUUGUAUAGACACCCAACUUCCCCAGAUGUGCUAGGCCAAUGAACCAGAACCCUUGGGUUCCUUUGUCCCGGCUCCCCACCUGCAGCCAGAUAUCCUAAGCAGCCACCUCCACAUCACUUGUCCUGUAAGAUCAGUCACAACUUCGUUCCCUGUCACCUCAUGCCCUUCCUAUCAGUCCCCAAUAAAGGCGCU